ACUAGUGAAGGUGACCAUUACUUUUUUGUCCUUCAUAUUUUGUCUCAGGACAAACCUUUUCUGUCACGAACUUCAUUGCAGUAUUUAGUCUUCACGAAGCUUAGUGAAAGCCUUUGACAAGUUUGUUAUAACUCUCUUUAUAAUUCUGACUUCCUUAUUUCACAUCUUAACGAGUUUGUUCUAAGAAAAAUGAGAACUAGGAAAGGAGGAAAGCGGUCCGAGCAGUUUUGGCCAUCCCUCAUGAUGAAAAAAUGGCUGAAUAUCAAACCAAAAGUAUACGAUUUUAGUGAAGAUGAAGUCGACACUGAAACAGAGAGCGAAGAUGACGCUUACUCUGUUAAAGAUAAAAGAAAUCAAGUGGACGAGGAUCAUGCAAGGAGAAUGCAAGGCAACCAAUCUACAUGUGAAAAUCAAACUUCAGGUAGAAAAUCUUCUAAGGGACAUGUUUUCAGACACAGGAGAGGAAAAUCAGAGACCUUGCGCGCUCAGUACAUCAAUACAAAAGAUGUGAGGGUUACUGUCGGGACUUGGAAUGUGGCUGGAAGACUUCCUAACGAAGAUCUUGAAAUUGAUGACUGGCUUGAUAUGAAUGAACCGUCGGACAUGUAUAUUAUCGGAUUCCAAGAGGUGGUCCCUUUAAAUGCUGGGAAUGUGUUUGGGGCCGAGACGAGGAGGCCAAUUGCAAAAUGGGAAGCGAUCAUUCGUAGAACAUUGAAUAAUAAAACAUGUGAACCUGAAACAAAGCAUAAAUGCUUCAGUGCCCCACCUUCUCCAGUACUAAGAACUUCUUCUGCUGCUGCUGAUAUUCUUGACGAUGAAUUCGACCAAUCUGCUUUAAACAAGGCUGCAGAAGAUUCGUUGGUCACUAAUGAUCUUAGCGAAUCCAGCAAGCAUAAAUUUAAUGAAAUAAUGAAUAUCGGGCAGAACCUCCGAUUCAAGAGAAUUUAUGGUAUUGAUUGUGACAGAAGAUUGGAUUGGCCAGAGCUUUCUUUAGAUGCAACACCUCAAGUUCUCUCUUCCAGUUUUAAAAAAUUGAGAAGAGUCUCCAGCCUUUCAGAAAGAGUGAGUUGUGUCUGGAAGGAAAAUCUUCCAGUCUUGGGAGCUCAAACCAUGAGAAUGCAUCACAGUUCUGGAGACCUAUCACUGAUGGGGAUGGUGGCCACCAAGGAAAAGCCAGUUGAAAAGGUCUCCGACUCGGAGGAUGAGGAUGAGGAUGAGGAUGAAGAUGAAUUUUCCAUGGAAAACGAAUCAAGUGAAGCUGAUGAUGGAGAUGGAACGGAUUCACGUCCCAAGUACGUGCGUAUUAUCAGCAAGCAGAUGGUGGGAAUAUAUAUAUCAGUUUGGGUUCGAAAACGGUUGAGGAGACAUAUAAAUUAUCUGAAAGUGUCUCCUGUUGGAGUUGGGCUUAUGGGCUAUAUGGGUAACAAGGGUUCUGUUUCAGUUAGCAUGUCUCUGUUUCAAACACGUAUGUGUUUUGUCUGUUCUCAUUUAACUUCCGGCCACAAGUAUGGCGACGAGCAGAGGCGCAAUUGUGAUGUGCUUGAGAUCCUAAAACGCACCAGUUUUUCUUCUAUACCUGACACUAAUGAGACACUGACAAUUCCAGGCCACGACAAAAUAUUCUGGUUUGGCGACUUGAAUUAUCGGCUGAACAUGGCAGAUGCAGAGGUCAGGGAACUUGUUGCGAAGAAACAAUGGGAUGAGCUUCUGAACACUGAUCAGCUAAGCCAAGAACUCCGUUAUGGGCAUGUGUUUGAAGGAUGGAGAGAAGGAAGCAUAAACUUUGCACCUACUUACAAAUAUGAAAUAAACUCCGACAAUUAUGUGGGUGAAGAAUAUAAAGAAGGAAAGAAGAAGAGAUCCCCUGCAUGGUGUGAUAGAAUACUAUGGACGGGGAAAGGAAUAAAACAGCUAUCAUAUGGGAGAGCAGAGACAAAGAUGUCGGAUCAUCGUCCAGUGAGUGCAGUAUUCAUGUUGGAAGUUGAAGUGUUUGAUCACAGGAAGUUGAACAAGGCACUCAACAACUCAACAAUGGCAGCAGUUCAUCCCGAGAUUUUUCUUGAAGAGGAUGAUGAUGAUGAUGAUGAUGAUGUAGGACUGGAACGAUAAGAAUAACAAGGGAAGGAAGGAAGGACAGAAAGAAAGAAAGAAAGAAGAUAAGUGCAAGUCUUUUUAGAUGACCUGCAAGCAAAUGAAUAUCUCUUAUUGAUGAUGACAAAAGGGGGUCCAGGACUCACCUACUGCCUUUACAGAAGAUAUGUUAUUAAAUUUGAACAAUUUUAAUCAUUCUUUUCUUGGUGAAGGGGGGAUGUUUAUUGAUGUAGUAAGUAGUGUGGUUGAUGCAAUUUUACAAACAGAAUACGUUUGUGACAAUUUUGUGUUGUACAAGGGGGGACUUAUCAUGUAUAUAAAUUCGGUUAAUCAUUUUUAUUUUUUUUUGUAUCAUUAUAUUGAAGUGUAUGUAUGUUUAAUAAUAUAAGUUGUGAUUGAAGGAAUUUUA